AUGCAGACAGAGGCAAGAGUAGGAGUGGUGGUAGAGGGAGGGCCAAGGGCUCUUAAUUCACAGCCGAAACAGCACAAGUCAUUGCAGCAACAGCAUCAGCAAUCACAGAUCGGGACAGUUUCGCAGCUUGUAGCUGGCGGAGUUGCGGGAGCGCUAAGCAAGACUUGCACUGCACCUCUUGCACGCCUCACCAUACUCUUUCAGGUUCAAGGCAUGCACUCAGAUGUUUCAACAUUGAGCAAAGCUAGUAUAUGGCACGAGGCUUCCCGGAUUAUUCAAGAGGAAGGAUUCAGAGCUUUUUGGAAAGGGAAUCUUGUUACAAUUGCUCAUCGGCUACCUUACUCGUCUGUCAACUUUUAUGCAUACGAGCGCUACAAACAGUUGCUACGUAUGAUUCCUGGCCUUGAAAGCAAUCGAGAAAACAGGGGCGGAGACCUGUUUGUACAGUUUGUCGGUGGUGGUUUGGCUGGGAUAACAGCAGCAUCUGCUACAUAUCCAUUGGAUCUUGUAAGGACACGCCUUGCUGCUCAGACAAAUGUGAUCUACUAUAGAGGUAUUUCGCAUGCAUUACGAACAAUUAGCAGAGAAGAGGGUGUUUUUGGUCUUUACAAGGGACUUGGAGCCACACUUUUGGGCGUUGGACCCAGUAUAGCUAUCAGCUUCUCAGUGUAUGAGAGCUUACGAUCUUUUUGGCAGUCACAAAGGCCCCAUGAUCCUACUGUUGCUGUGAGUUUGGCUUGUGGUAGUCUUUCGGGCAUUGCAUCUUCAACAGCAACGUUUCCUCUGGAUCUUGUGAGACGAAGGAAGCAAUUGGAAGGAGCAGGUGGACGGGCUCGUGUUUAUACCACAGGUCUUUUUGGUAUAUUCAAGCACAUAAUCCAGACCGAGGGCUUUCGGGGUCUAUACAGAGGCAUUAUGCCUGAAUACUACAAGGUUGUGCCUGGUGUUGGUAUCUGUUUUAUGACGUAUGAGACUCUAAAAUUGCUUUUGGCAGAUGUUACUCCCAAAUUAUAG